GAGAUCGGUUCCGCCGGGCCCAGAGUGCGGGGAGAGCGCGGGAGGCGGGGCGGGAGCAGCGCAUCGCAGCGCGCGGGGCCGGGGGCCGCCGUCACGGCCCACACCCUUCCCUCCCGCCUGCCCUCCGUGCGCUUCUUCCCGCCUUGCGCCGCCGCUCGCGAGCCGCUGUAACUCGCUCUAGGCGCGCGGCGCCCCGCGGCCCCGCGGAUGCUGCCGCUGGGGGUGGUGGGUGCAGCCGGGAGCGGGAGUGCCGGCCUGGGAUUCCGGGGCUCCUCUUCCCUGUCCUCUCCUCUGCCCCCAGUGUGGUCGCGGCUGACACUAAAGACUUUGUAGCCACCAGUCCAAGUGCAGUUUCGAUGGAAGAUGAAGUACUAUGUUGGAUAAAAGUGGGGAGAGUGGGCAUCCCUGUCUUGUUCCCGAUAUUAAAGGAAAAGCUUUCAGCUUCUUGCUGGUUGCACGUUUUCAAAAAAUUCCUAAUGGUGAAAAUGAGAUAAUGAUUCCUGUGUUGACAUCAAAAAAAGCAAGUGAAUUACCAGUCAGUGAAGUUGCAAGUAUUCUCCAAGCUGAUCUUCAGAAUGGUCUAAACAAGUGUGAAGUGAGUCAUAGGCGAGCCUUCCAUGGCUGGAAUGAGUUUGAUAUCAGUGAAGAUGAGCCACUAUGGAGGAAGUAUAUUUCUCAGUUUAAAAACCCCCUAAUCAUGCUGCUUCUGGCUUCUGCAGUCAUCAGUGUUUUAAUGCGGCAGUUCGAUGAUGCCGUCAGUAUCACUGUGACUCUACAGAUGAGUGAAAUCAUUUGGUACUUGUCUUUCUCUGCCUGGCUUAUUUCACUGAGCAUAAUGCCGUCUGGCUCCAUCCAUGUUGUAGAAAUGGCAAUACUUAUCGUUGUUACAGUUGCCUUUGUUCAGGAGUAUCGUUCAGAAAAAUCUCUUGAAGAAUUGAGUAAACUUAUGCCACCAGAAUGCCAUUGUGUCCGUGAAGGAAAACUGGAACAUACACUUGCACGAGACUUGGUUCCAGGUGACACAGUUUGCCUUUCUGUUGGGGACAGGGUUCCUGCUGAUUUACGCUUGUUCGAGGCUGUGGACCUUUCCAUUGAUGAGUCGAGCUUAACGGGAGAGACUGCACCUUGUUCAAAGGUGACAGCCCCUCAGCUGGCCGCGACUAAUGGAGACCUUGCCUUGAGAAGUAACAUUGCCUUCAUGGGGACACUGGUCAGAUGUGGCAAAGCAAAGGGUGUUGUCAUUGGAACAGGAGAAAAUUCUGAAUUUGGGGAGGUUUUUAAAAUGAUGCAAGCAGAAGAAGCACCAAAAACCCCUCUGCAGAAGAGCAUGGACCUCUUAGGAAAACAACUUUCCUUUUACUCCUUUGGUAUAAUAGGUAUCAUCAUGUUGGUUGGCUGGUUACUAGGAAAAGAUAUCCUGGAAAUGUUUACCAUUAGUGUAAGUUUGGCUGUAGCAGCGAUUCCUGAAGGUCUCCCCAUUGUGGUCACAGUUACUCUAGCCCUUGGUGUUAUGAGAAUGGUGAAGAAAAGGGCCAUUGUGAAAAAGCUGCCUAUUGUUGAAACUCUGGGUUGCUGUAAUGUGAUUUGUUCAGAUAAAACUGGAACAUUGACGAAGAAUGAAAUGACUGUUACUCACAUAUUUACUUCAGAUGGUCUGCAUGCUGAGGUCACUGGAGUCGGCUACAAUCCUUUUGGGGAGGUGGUCCUUGAUGGUGAUGUUGUCCAUGGGUUUUACAGCCCAGCUGUCAGCAGAAUUGUUGAGGCGGGCUGUGUGUGCAACGAUGCUGUAAUUAGAAACAACACUCUAAUGGGGAAGCCAACAGAAGGAGCUUUAAUUGCUCUUGCAAUGAAGAUGGGUCUCGAUGGACUUCAACAGGACUAUAUUAGAAAAGCAGAAUACCCUUUCAGUUCUGAGCAAAAAUGGAUGGCUGUUAAGUGUGUGCAUCGAACACAGCAGGACAGACCAGAGAUUUGUUUCAUGAAGGGUGCUUAUGAACAGGUGAUUAAAUACUGUACCACAUACCACAGCAAAGGGCAAACCUUCACCCUCACCCAGCCACAGAGAGAGCUGUACCAACAAGAGAAGGUGCGCAUGGGCUCAGCGGGGCUCAGAGUUCUUGCUUUGGCUUCUGGUCCUGAACUGGGACAGCUGACAUUUCUUGGCCUGGUCGGAAUCAUUGAUCCUCCUAGAACUGGUGUGAAAGAAGCUGUUACAACACUCAUUGCUUCAGGAGUGUCGAUAAAAAUGAUUACCGGAGACUCCCAGGAAACUGCAGUUGCAAUUGCUAGUCGUCUGGGAUUGUAUUCCAAAACUUCCCAGUCAGUCUCAGGAGAAGAAAUAGAUGCCAUGGAUGUCCAGCAGCUUUCACAAAUAGUACCAAAGGUUGCGGUAUUUUACAGAGCUAGUCCGAGGCACAAGAUGAAAAUUAUUAAGUCUCUACAGAAGAGUGGGUCAGUUGUAGCUAUGACAGGAGAUGGCGUGAAUGAUGCAGUGGCUCUCAAAGCUGCAGACAUUGGAGUCGCAAUGGGUCAGACUGGCACAGAUGUUUGCAAAGAAGCCGCAGACAUGAUCCUGGUAGAUGAUGAUUUCCAAACCAUAAUGUCUGCAAUUGAAGAGGGCAAAGGGAUUUACAAUAACAUUAAAAAUUUUGUUAGAUUUCAACUGAGCACGAGUAUAGCUGCUUUAACUUUAAUCUCAUUGGCUACCUUAAUGAAUUUUCCUAAUCCUCUCAAUGCCAUGCAGAUUUUGUGGAUCAAUAUUAUUAUGGAUGGCCCUCCAGCUCAGAGCCUUGGAGUAGAACCAGUGGAUAAGGACGUCAUUCGUAAACCUCCACGCAACUGGAAGGACAGCAUUUUGACCAAAAACCUGAUACUUAAAAUACUCGUUUCAUCAAUAAUCAUUGUUUGUGGGACUUUGUUUGUCUUCUGGCGGGAGCUACGAGACAAUGUGAUAACACCUCGAGACACAACAAUGACCUUCACAUGUUUUGUGUUUUUUGACAUGUUCAAUGCGUUAAGCUCCAGAUCCCAGACGAAGUCUGUGUUUGAGGUCGGCCUCUGCAGUAAUAAGAUGUUCUGCUAUGCAGUUCUUGGAUCCAUCAUGGGACAGUUAUUAGUUAUUUACUUUCCUCCGCUUCAGAAAGUUUUUCAGACUGAGAGCCUAAGUAUACUGGAUCUGCUGUUUCUUUUGGGUCUCGCCUCGUCAGUUUGCAUAGUGGCAGAGAUUAUAAAGAAGGUUGAAAGGAGCAGGGAAACGGUCCAGAAGCAUGCUAGUUUGAAGACACCGUCUUUUCUUGAAGUCCGGCUCCGGGAGAGGAGUGGACAGCAGCUGAUUGAGAUACACCCCCAUCUGCAGACAGCUCUGCCACUGACAGAAGACGUGAGCUGCGUCUAACUCCAGCCUUGGGCCUGGCUGCGCCUGCUCCUUCACUCUCUGGAACUCUUCAUACAGCAUCUUAGCACCGCUGUUCUCCCGCAGAACUUCCUUCUCUAGACAAAGAAACAAGCCAAGGGCAAUACUUCCAAAACCAUUGGAUCAGCCUGUAAUUUUCUCAAUAUAUAAAGCUUCAAGUUCCAUAAAGAUUAGUUUAAGUAACCAAAACGCUUUUCUCUUCUGGCUCUUUACUAUUUGAACAUCAAUGUAAAAGCCUUGCUGUAUAAAUUGAAAUAUUUAUACCGAAACGCCUUUUUAAUGAAAACUUUAUUCAACCCCAAAUUAUAUUUUUUCCCUAAGAUGGCUCUUCCACUGGCCUAUCUGACCUUAAAUAUACUUGCAUCUGAAUUUUCCAAGCCCUAAAUCUGUCUUUAUGAAAAAUAUAAAUUACUAUUAAAUAUCAUUCUCUUUA